AACAGCCUUUAAGUGAGGAAUUAGUUGUUUGCAAAUAUUUUUAUUACAGUUGGAUGCUUCAUUGUAGAAAAUGUAGUCCGCAAUUUUUUAUUCUAGCACCAGCUACUAGCUUUUCAUAAAAACACAAUUCUUUUGGGGGGCGGAGGUGUUUUUAAGAGGAAAGAGGGAAUGUAAAUUGAACAUUUGUCGCGCAUGUUGUGGAGACAGAGGGACAGGGAAACUUUUGGAGCCACUUGCUGUGCACAACGCCAACUGUUGACAGUCUGUGUCUCAUACAAUGAAUCCUCGCACCUAACGCUGUUGCACGCGAUCAACGUUAUUUCGGAAUGAAGAACAAUCUGGAUAUUAUUUCCUGACACCGUCUGAUUCUGUAAUGUCAGCAGUAUCGAAAUAUUGCGCACCCCCAGAGGAGGUCAUUUUCAGUCAUGUAACGUCAGCACCGACUUGAUGAAGGGAUAACAACGUUGCAUCACCAGUCCUUUCCGAGAAGGAUGCUCAAUUCAGGAGGCAAAAAGAGUGAUGACAGUGUUUUUACCGCAGCUGGAGAGAAAGCCAGGCUCAAACCCAGAGCCUCUUUGGAGAAGGGUACAUGUAAUGUGAGUACUGACGCAAACCCGUGUUCGGAUAAUGAACUGCUCAAGAAACUGGAACGGCUCGUCUUGUGUGAGUGAGUGUGCAGGCUGCCGUGUGCGUAGCAAAGACGUCUGUGUCGUGCCCACCAUUCAUGCACUGUGAUUGUUCCAACAAACACCUUUUAAUCUCUCUCUCUCCCUCCUUCCCUCUCUCUGUCUGCCUGUCUGUCACUCUCUCACCGCCGCCUCCUCCCUCCUCUCCGUGCCACAUGUGCACACUGUGUCCACGCACCGCGUCUAAUUACCUGGGGUCCAUCAGAAGAUAUUAUUAAUAUUUAACAUCUCCCCAAGCCCCCAUUUGUCUCGUCACAACGGUCAAUAUGGCCACUCUGCAACAUCACCGGCAGCUUCUCAUGCAUGGCACGGAAGUGAGCUGCGACUCCAGCGGGGAUGGCGCUGUGACCGUGCGGAUUAACAACAGCGCGCCACACGUGCAUCAACAUGAGCCGCUGAGGGCUGCCAGCAGUGGAGCGGGAGCAGGAGGCGUUGGGGCUGUGAGUAAUAUUAACCCUAACCUCCACAAAUACAGUAUAUCCUCCAGCUGCAGCUCAGACUCCAGACCGGCUGGGACCUCCACUUCCAGGGUGCGUAGGAAGGCGCCGCCACUGUUCGAGCGCUCUGCUGCUCAGUGCUGGGACCCCAAGUUUGACUCCCCCAUCCUGGAAGAAGCGUGCCAAGAGAGAUGCUUUCCUCAGACACAGCGGCGCUUCCGUUAUGUCCUGUUUUAUCUGGCAGUGGCAGCUGUACUUUGGGGUGUGUACUUUGGGGUCAAUAGUGACCGCUGCCAUCCCGUGGCCUUCCUAGUCCCCACAGGGUCCUUUUUAGUCCUCUUAGUGCUGCUCUUUUUAUUCACCUUAACCCAACCCUACACGUGGCUGUACAACCAAACAUCCUUGCUCCUGAUCGCAGUCACCUUCGCCAUCACCUUAGCUCCACAGAUACAGACCGCUGGCUACACUGAGCUGAAGUGGGCUGGCGGUGGCAAUGCCUCAUAUCCCUCAGCAGACAAAGUAGCACCAUCCCUAGCCCCUUGCAUCUCCCCCGUGGGCACCUUUUCCCUGUGCAUGGAGGUUCUGUUGUUAUUAUACAGUGUCCUUCAUGUCCGUCUGUAUGCCUCAGUGAUGCUAGGGCUCCUGUAUUCUAUACUAUUUGAAGCAUUAGAAUGGCUGCCCUUGCUUCAAAAGAGUUAUGACGCUACUGGAUGGGGGACAGGGUUAACGGGUUCAGGUUCUGAUUGGGAAGGAGACACCCUCCGCUGGCUGAGCCCGGCCAAAGCUCUGCUUCACUUGUGUGCCCAUGUCAUUGGUAUCCACCUGUUCAUCAUGUCAGAGGUGCGUUCCCGCAGCACCUUCCUCAAAGUGGGCCAGGCUAUCAUGCACGGCAAAGACUUGGAGGUGGAGAAGGCCUUGAAGGAGCGUAUGAUCCACUCUGUCAUGCCGCGGCGAGUUGCAGAUGAGUUGAUGAAACAAGGUGAUGAUGAGGGCGGUGGUGAGAACUCUGGCAAGCGUUAUUCCUCUGGUGCCUGCUCAGCCUCUGCCGUCUCAGUCGGUGGCGGAGGAAGCGGUGGAGCCUCACAAGCCCAAAUUGCCACAAGCACCAAGAAUUACCCUUAUAACAAUCACAAACGCAAGAAGACCUCCAUCCCCCGUGGACAGAUAAUCUUCCGCCCUUUCAAUAUGAAACGUAUGGAGUCUGUCAGCAUUCUCUUUGCGGACAUUGUGGGUUUCACUAGAAUGUCUGCCAAUAAGUCAGCACCGGCCUUGGUGGGCCUUCUCAAUGAUCUGUUUGGACGUUUUGACCGGCUCUGUGAACUAACCUGUUGUGAGAAGAUCAGCACUCUGGGAGAUUGCUACUACUGUGUAGCUGGCUGUCCUGAGCCUAGGCCAGAUCACGCCUACUGCUGUGUAGAGAUGGGCUUGGGCAUGAUCCAGGCCAUAGAGCAGUUCUGCCAGGAGACAUGUGAGACCGUCAGCAUGCGUGUCGGCGUCCAUACGGGCACCGUCCUGUGUGGGAUCCUGGGAAUGAAGCGCUUCAAGUUUGAUGUGUGGUCAAAUGAUGUCAAUCUGGCUAACUUGAUGGAGCAGCUGGGGGUGGCGGGCAAGGUCCACCUCUCGGAAGCUACUGCCAGAUUCCUGGAUGACCAUUACCAAAGGGAGGACGGGCAGGUGGCGGAAAGAGCCGGGCAGAGUGUGGUGGAAAAACUGAAGGGGCUGAAAACCUACCUGAUCUCAGGAAGGAAGUUGGAGCUUGAUGUUCAGUGUGGCUACUCUCAGGUGGGACUGCCAAGCGGAGAUUUUGUUGGGGUUAGCCUGUCCUCCUGUCCUCAGCCCCGCACACCGGACCUCAUCCCGGGGGGAGCCCAGGCUGCUGAGCCCCUGCUGCCUCACCAACUUCCAGACAGGAUCAGGCCUCCCUGUGUGUCCCGUAGUGUGGUCUUGUCUCCAGGGACAGAGCAGGGCGAUGAUGUUGCCGUGCUGAACGGCUGCCAGGAGGAGCUCAAGACCAGCAGUGCCAAGUUCAUCCCAGGUCACAGCCCCAGAGCAGCCAACGGUCUCCUGAGUCCCCCGCUGGAGGACCCAGUGCGAGCCAGCCAGAGCUCUCUGUGUGACAUGCUCCAGGAGAAAGAGAAGAAGACGAGCACUAGCACGGGGACCGGCACCAGUCUAGGCAUGGCUGGAGGCACAGGGGCAUCAGGCACGGGAAUGGAACACUCCGCCCUGAUCCAGCUGCGUGCCAAGAACUCUAGAGAAAAGAGCGACGUCCACUUUGUGGAUGUUAUCAGGGAGGACAGUCUGAUGAAGGACUACUUUUUUAAGCCACCCAUCAACAAGAUCAGCCUCAAUUUCCUAGAGAGUCCUCUGGAAAAGGCCUACCGUGGCAGCUACAAGGAGGAGGUGAAGAACCAGGUGCAAGUGCAGACAUUUGCGAGCUCCACCUUCAGCUCCUUCCUGGAUGUUCUCCUCAGCUGUUUUGUCUUCUUGGCCCUGACACUGGCCUGCUUCCUUCCACCUCUGGUGAGCCCGGCCACCGUGGGCCCUCCAGCUCCUGCCGCCCUGGCCCUGGCUCCCCUGGCUGGCCUGUUGGAGCUGGCCUCCCUGGUACUGUCCAUACGAAUGGCUUUCUAUUUGGAGGAGGUGAUGAACUGUACACGCUCCCUGCUCCUGGUGGUCUCUGGAUGGGUCCCCCGUCACGUGAUUGGAGCUGUGUUAGUCUCCCUCCCUGCCAUCUCUGUCUUGUCCCACCUUACCUACAGCGACCAAUUGCCCCUCCAGGUGACCAUGUUCUUAUGCUGUGCCACCAUCCUGGCCAUCAUCCAGUAUUGUAACUUCUGUCAGCUAAGUUUUUGGAUGCGCUCAGUCCUGGCCACUGCAACAGGGGUUGCCCUGCUGCUGUUGCUGUACAGCCCCUUGCACAGGUACAGCUCCAGUAAUAACAGCUUGCCAGUUCAGGGACUGAAUAUCUCCACAUCCAGUCAUGGUGGUUCAGCAUUAGACACUCUUGGCCCUGAACCUCCCCCACAACCUCUUGACCUUCUGAUCCCAGAGGCUGUCCUGGCCUUCUUUCUGCUGCUUCUUCUGGUCUGGUUCCUCAACCGUGAGUUUGAGGUCAGCUACCGUCUCCAUUACCAUGGCAAUGUAGAGGCUGACAAACACCGCUCCAAGAUCCAGACGAUGCGAGACCAGGCUGAGUGGUUACUGGGCAACAUCAUCCCCAUCCAUGUUGCUGACCAGCUUAAGGUGACCCAGAGCUACUCCAAGAAUCACGACAGUGUGGGCGUGAUCUUUGCCAGUAUUGUAAACUUCAGUGAGUUCUAUGAAGAGAGCUACGAGGGGGGAAAAGAGUGCUACCGUGUCCUCAACGAGCUAAUUGGAGACUUUGACGAGCUCCUUCGUAAACCUGAAUUCAAAAGUGUGGAAAAGAUCAAAACAAUCGGUGCCACCUACAUGGCAGCGUCCGGACUGAACGUCCGGCAGUUGGGUGAGAAUGAUGAUGACUCUCUACACGCUCACCUCAGGGAACUUUUCAACUUUGCCCUGGAGAUGAUGGGCGUCCUGGACGACUUUAACAAGAACAUGCUGGGUUUUGGUUUCAAGCUCCGUAUUGGAUUUAACCAUGGGCCGCUGACUGCGGGGGUGAUUGGCACCACUAAGCUGCUCUAUGACAUUUGGGGAGACACGGUCAACAUUGCCAGCCGCAUGGACUCCACUGGGGUGGAGUGUCGGGUGCAGGUGAGCGAGGAGAGCCAUGCUGUACUCAGUGCCAUGGGCUUAGAGUUUGACUAUAGAGGUACAGUGAAUGUUAAGGGCAAAGGUCAAAUGAGGACCUUCCUGUACCCCAAAAGUGGGGAAAGUAUAUAUCAAGAUCGAUUGGAGCUGGGCACCAGGGUUGGACCCUCGUUCGUGGCAUCAACAGCCAAUAAUACUUCAGAAUCUGUUGCCCAUGCAGCAGCUCUUCCCCCGUCUUCUUCCACUCCUCCUUCCUCCUCUCUUUUCACACUCCCUCCUCAACCACAGAGCGCAAUAAGGCCUUCAAGAGCUGGGCCUGAGCCUGUCCAAGCUAAGUCCACAGAGGUGAGGGAGGAGGGAUAUAGGGACCCUCCACAACUCCCUGGGCAGUCUCCUGCCACAUACCUUCACCUCCCUCCGCACUCUGAACUAGGCCAAGAGCCUAGGGCAGCACAAGUGCCCUCCCAGGUGCAGCCUGCUCCUCUCGCACUUCAAGAAGAGGAGGAUGAAGAGGUGGAGGCCAACGAGCUAACAAUACUCAACGAGGAGUUUUAUGCCCGUCUCUGAUCCCUCCUCUUCUCUUACCCUGUCUUCUGCCCCCCUGCUGCCCCCAGCUGCUGACUCUCCAGUACGGAUGCAGGAGCAGGGCAGGAAGUCCCUUCCUUUAGGCGUGGUUAAAGUGUCUUCGGCAGAUGAAGAAGAGGGAGUUUUUCCACUCCAACACAAAAAGUGGCUACAGUGGCUAUGAAAAUGGCUACUUCUGUCUUUCAUGGUAAUGUUGUCUGAGUGCUGGGGUGGGUUAGACCUGUGUUGAGCACAGCAGUGUAUAGAUAGGGAAGAAGGCUGAAAGGGAUUCAGAGAGAAGGAGGUUCUUUUGGUUUUGUUCUUGAUUUUUUUUUCUUAUUCAGUUUUGUUAUUAAGUGCCUUCAGGACUAGAACAGUGAACAAACAAAUAUGAAUACUGAACAAAGUUUUAACAAUCUUUGACUACAGAACAUGCUGUGGUUUUUUACGCCAUGUUUAUAUUUUCAAUGGAAGUAUUUCUUUAAAAAAACAUCAUUGUGCCAUAUCAUUUGUUUUAACUUGAUCAAAGUCUAGACGUUACUUAAGGGAAAUUAUUUUAGAUUCUAUAUAAGUGCCAGUGCAGCGUAAUGGGCUGAACGGGGAACUAUGGGAAGAAUGAGGGAAUACAUAAAGCAGUGUUAAUUUGUUAUUCUGCUUUGACAUGAGGGCUUAAAACAGUAUUCAUUUGUGCUAGUCUCUGUAAAAGGGGACAUGCUACAAAGCAGGCUGCACAAAUUUUAGUUUGUGUAGCAGCUAAAUGCACAUUUUAAGCACAGGUCUUGCACAGUGUUUUGUCGACCACUUGUAUUUGGUAGUUAUUACCGUGAAAUAGAUUUUAAGAACGUUGAAACAGAGUUCUUGUCCGUCACAACAAGUACAAUCAUAAGCACAAAAUUAAAUCAGUUAAGGGAAUAUAGAUAUGGAGGAAAAGGUGUUUUUUAAACAUUGAGUUUUUGAAAAACGCUGGAAGGCACUUUAAAUAUACUUAAAGUGAUACUCCGCUCAAGAUUUGUCUUUCGAGUUUGACCUGUACUGCUUUUUCAUUGGUCAGAACCACUCCAUUGGAGCUCAAUCAUAGGCUAGAGCCGCUGUGCUGCGUAGAGAGAAACGAGAAAUAGAGCAAACAAUAAACUUGUUGCACCUACGUUUACUUAGAGAGAGAGAGAGACAGAGAGACAGAGAGAGAGAGCGAGAGAGCGAAUGACAUUCAACAAAGGUCCCUUAAUUAACCUUGGGCACUAGUAGCAAAUCUUUGUCAAACAUGAGGAAAUGGUGCAUUUGUUGGGGACUGUAUUCAGCGGCUGAUGUGGUAUGUUAGUGAGUAUUUACAGCAGCAAGACAGUGUAUGUGAGAUGGAUUCAAAAUGAAACUACAUAGCCAAUGAACCAGUGUAACAAUGUUGCCAAUUAAUGUGCUGUUAUUGUUUUUAAUAACAGAGCUCUAAGGCACAGAGGAAUAAGACAUAUCAGACUAUACAGACAGUACUUGUUAGUAAGAUCAAUUGAUCAAUUAAUCAAUGGUUUUGAUCUUUUAAUGGAAUUUGUUAACCAUGAGAAAAAAUACAACAGGCUUAUCCUUUAAAGCCCACAGUGGAGUGAGAGUUUGAUACUCAAAAGGUGUUGAGCGGAGUAUCACUUCAAGUGGGACUGUGAGGGAGAAUCAGUCUUUAGUUAUUGAUAGAUGAUAGGGCUUGGUCCACAUUGCUGUUGGUUAAAGUGUUAAAGCGCAGAUCAAGUUCAUCAAUCAACAAUUUCUAUGGUGCUGUGUUUGAAACUUCACACUCAAAUGUAGUUCCAUUUACAUUGUAGUUUGUUGCCUUCAUCGAUGGAAAAAAGAAAAACAUUGGUCAGUCCAUCACUAUAGAUUUAUUCAAUUGUUAAGUAUUGAAUCUACUUUGUUUCUAAUUCUACGAUUUGCUGUUGAAGGGGUGGGACUUUUAACGUUAUCCUGCCACAGCCUUUAUGCGGAGAAGGCCCUCUACUGUAUCAAUAUACAUACAUUGUGCCACUUUAAUUGAGUGAUCUACAGGUGCAGUGCAACCUAAACUAGAUGAUUGUUUUGUGGUGCCUAAAAGGUAUGACUGUAUUUUUUGAUUAUUUGGGUUUUCAGAAAGUUUUUUUAUCAUGCUGUUUUCAUGAUGAUGAUAGAUUAUGACUGUAUGUUUGAAGAAAUGAUGCUCGUUGUGCACGUUUUGCUACAGUUAUUUUUCACAAAUUCCAUCAGUUGUUUUUGGAUCUUUUCCAUUUCUUUCAUCAACCGGUAGACUGGAAUAGUGUGGUGGUGGUGUUCUCAUUGAAUAGCUGGCACCUCUGUAGUUCUUUUUGCUCUUUUAUUCACUUCCUGCUUUUAUCUUUACUCUUUAAAGCACUUGUUUCCCCCUUGUACUUUGUGUGUAUGUGUGAGAGAAAGAUAUUUAAUUUCUACUUCAAUAAAUAAAAUAGAAAAGAUCACUGUACUAUGAUGCAAAGAGAAAUCAAUCAAUUACAAGGCCACUGUUUAUUUUGCUGUUGCUGCCUAAUCUGUAGUGCAAUUACACACACAAAGCUGCAUUCUUUAAGAAAGCCCUAAAGUUUGAAAUCUGUGUAAUGAUGCGGUAAACAUAUACAAACCGCCACAUAUUUUAGAGAUCGGUCAACAUUUGGGCUAAAGAAUCUUGCAUUGACAAGCUAUGGCCACACACAUAGCUACAGAUAUAAUAUGGAAAAAGAAGGGAACAUCUCUUUUUAUGUAGCCGUCUCCAUCUGUAGCAUAAAAUGCAUCUUUGUUUACCUCUAACAUUGUGCACUCCAAAAAUACACGGCCAAUGCAUUUUGAAUUAGGAUUAUGCUUUUCAAAUAUUUUUUUAUAGGCACAUCUCUCGUACUCUUGUAGUGCAUAUUCUCAACGUGCUCAAGUUUGCCAAAACCUAAUAAACCAUACCACACAAAGUUAUAAAAACAGAUGAGAAUAUCAGGUAUCAGUUUUCAAGUAAAGUUUUUCCUCCACAUUUGCCUCACGUUGUUAGAUAAUCGUUGGUGAUUGAUUUUUUUUGGCCAUGUCGCUUGCUGUAGCCUUAGCAUGCACACCAGUAAAUAAAAGUAGCCGUAGUAGAUUUAAGAUGUGGAGCUCCACAGGUUGACGGGCACACCACAACUCCAGUAGCGCACAUCUGUACACACGUAUGAAUAAAAUAUUCAAGUGAACACUGCUGGCUCUGUGAUCUGUGAUACAUGGGGGGAGAAGUAUGUGCGAUCUUGUUUGCAUGGGAAUGAAUGAGACGUUUUCUUUUUUUGCCAGAUACACACGUUUCAAGUUUGAUUCUGCACAAUGCUAUCAUCUUUAAAAAAAAAAUAAUUUCAAUAUCAUUCUGUAUAAAAUUAUGUUGAACAUUAAGCAUUUUUUGCCAAUACACAGUAUUCUUUAAAUCACUAAGCUUGGCUCAUUUAAGGUUACUUUCUCUGACAGUGUAUUGAUAGAAGAUGUGUGUAUGAUAAGAUCUGUUUUAGUUUUGGCUGAGGAAAAUACCUUUCCUUAGAGGUCCAGCGCUCCAGU